AUGUCUUCCUCAAAGAGACCUAUGUAUGAGAACCCGGAUACUUCUUCAAAGGGACCCUCGGACGACGCAAAUACAGACAGACGGGGGAAUACUUCUGUGCCGACUGGAGUGACGCAGGAGCGGACUAAGGGUCCCCGGGUGGAGAUCAAGAAUUCUACUAACAGUGGUCUCCACUCGAUAGGGAGCGGCCAUAAUCCUCCCGAAGGAGACUUCAAAAUGGAUGGUUUCACCCAGACUUCAGAGGGGGUAUUUGCGAUGGCGAACCAGGAGCAGGUCAGCGAAGCUACCAUUAUCGCGUACGCUCGUAUCCGUAAUCCAGUCCAAACAGCUGCCGGAACUGUCCCUCCGGUAGCUCAUGCGCACAUGGCAGCCCCAGCACCUGCGGCUACCACUUUCACCCAAAGGAUGCCCGCUCAACCCAGCACGGAUCGCGAGCCAUCACCUAGUUCGCCGGAGGUCUCAGACCCUGAGACCCCUUCAGCACACGACACGGCUCAGUCGAUGGGUCAACACAAUAUCCAAGCGCAACAAGUGUAUGCCGCUCCUGUAAGCGAGACGGGAAGCGAGGCAAAAAUUCCGGAAAACAUGGUAUAG